CGAGAGGCUGAGAGGUCAAGAGUAGGCUGAACCGAACCCGCCCACACACACCCAUCGUUCCUCACCAACCCCUCUCACCUCUCGCGAUCAUGGGCAGCUCACGGGUGGAAGGCCUCAUCCCCUUCAUCUACAAGGCCAUCAAGGAGCACCGCCGGAGCGGCAGCCGGGCCGCCGCCUACCGGGGCGCGGACGCGGAGGACGACGUGGACCUCGGCGACACGGACCAGAGGCGGCGCUGGCUGGAGCAGGAGCUGCGGUCGCCGCUCCGCGCCACCGCCGCCCCGGCGUCGGCGCAGGCGCACGGGCGGAACCGGUCGCUGGAGGAGCUGGCCGGCCAGGUGGGGCUCUCGCCGGGCCGGCGGAUGCCGUUGCCCAAGGCCAGGAGCGUCCGCGCCUUCGCCUGCAUCGGCGCCGGCGCCGCGUGACGGCCGAACACGUACGCCGUAGUCCGGUAGAUGCGUACUUUUGGUUCAUGCUUUGUGGGUCAAGUGCAAUAGUGUAAGUUUUGGUUGAAGCUGUGCAUACGUACGAGUGAUUCGUUAUAUGACUGGAGUUGGAGAUUGCAAACCAACAGAUACUUCUCGUUUCAAUUUUGCUUCACAAAUCCUCGUGUUAUUCUUAUAGCCACCACCUAGCUUGAUAGAUUGCUGAGAAAGGUUUAUCUUUUCUGUUGGUUUAUUUUUAGUUUUCCAGAAAACGUUGGUUCCAACCAAAAUAUAUUGCUGGAUCGUUGUUGCUUUUUCUUACACUUAUGAUGAAAUCUAUGUAAGAAUAAUAAUCAUUUAAAAGAAUGAUACGGACCAUGGCAUAA